UCCGAGCGGCACAGCGCCGCAUCACACAGAGCUGAGUGCGUCAGAAACAGCCGAGAAACGCUGCGAUUCUCCGCUUUAGUUCCCAGUGACUCAGUGCCAGCAGCGGAGCGGCGAUGCUCUAGAACAUGUAGAAGUCGACUGUUUCUUUUUAAGCCACCAUUUUCUUUUUUAUUUUCCUUUUUUGUACUUUUAUCGGAUAGCCCGCAAACUGUGAAACCUCUUGUCACGCCGUCGUCGGGAGUCCCCAUUCAUCUUAGGUCGCUUGUAUCGUUGAACCGAGCGGCGAACUUUGGUGAAAACUACACAGCAACUCAGCCGUCGUCGUUAUUCAAAAGACUCUGUGACAUAUUUGGCCUGACACCACUUUCACCAUGAGUGAACAGAGCAUCUGCCAGGCGCGAGCUGCUGUCAUGGUGUAUGACGAUGCCAAUAAGAAGUGGGUCCCAGCCGGUGGCUCUACAGGCUUCAGCAGAGUCCACAUUUACCACCACACGGGCAACAAUGCCUUCCGUGUAGUGGGACGCAAGAUCCAAGAUCAUCAGGUGGUGAUAAACUGUGCCAUUCCCAAGGGGCUGAAGUACAACCAGGCCACACAGACCUUCCACCAGUGGCGUGAUGCCCGACAAGUGUACGGCCUCAACUUUGGCAGCAAGGAGGAUGCAAACGUAUUUGCCAGUGCCAUGAUGCACGCACUGGAGGUGCUUAAUUCGCAGGACACAGGUCCUACGUUGCCCAGACAGGGCCCCCAGGUUCAGAAUGGUCCCACGCCAGAGGAGAUGGACCUGCAGAGGAGGCAGCUUCAGGAGGCACAGAAACAGAAGGAGAUGGAGAGGGAGCACCAGGAGCGAGAACGUCAGGAGAGAGAGCGUCAGGAGCGGGAGCGCCAAGAGAGGGAGCGCCUGGAGCGAGAAAUGCUGGAGCGUCAGGAGCGCGAACGUCAGGAACGGGAGCGUCAGGAGAGGGAGGCGCAGGCAGAGAAAGAGCGACUGGAGCGGGAGCGCCAGGAGCAGCAGGAGCGUGCCGAGCGUGAACUGAUGGAGAGGGAGAAGGCGGAGAGAGAGCGGCUGGAGAAGGAGCAGCAGGAGCAGUUGGACAGAGAGCAGCAGGACUGGGAGAGAGGGAGACGCAUCUCCAACGCUGCUUUCGAAAGCACGUUGUGCACCCCCACACCUCAGGAGUACGGCAGGACGCCCUCCACGCCCAUAUCUCCAUCCACGCCCACUUACCCAUCUCCUGGGACCCAGUCGCCAUCCUCCACUACAACACCCCCAACCCCCCCGCUCAGGCACUCGGCCUCCCGGUUUGCCACCUCACUCGGUUCUGCCUUCCAUCCUGUCCUGCCUCACUACGCCACAGUUCCACGGCGACAGCAGGCAUUUCCCCAAGCCCCACCACCUGCCCCUGCUCCUGCCCCUGCUCCAACUCCUCCUCCACCCAAAUCUGUGGUGUGGUCAGCGUGCAAUUUUACUCCAUUGCCCCCCUCACCUCCGGUCAUGAUAAGCAGCCCCCCGGGGAAGGCCACCGGUCCAAGGCCACUGAUCCCGAUUGCCGCACCAUCCCCUCUCACCCAAAAGCCUCCCUCGCCAUCCCCCAAUGGGCCACCCAUGUUUCCCGCACCUUCUCCUGUGACCAUCCCACACGGCCACACCCCCCUCAGCAUUACCUGCCCAACACCACCUCCCCCGCCUACCCCACCCCCUCUCCCCUCGCCCAUAGCUCCCCCUCCGUCUUCCUCCUCCGUCUCGUCUCCCCCCUCCUCAUCCCAGGCUCCUGGUGUGCCCUCUCCCUCCACAGCGCCCCCUGCUGCUGCAGCUGCUGCUGCCACCUCUGCCUCUGCUGAACACCUCUCCCUCCCUGUGGGCCUGGGUCUGUCGGGGCCAGGGGAGCUGGACACAGCCGCAGGCUCAGAGCCCCAAUCGGCUCAGGGGGAUUCCUCCUGUCAGCCCCAGCCCCAGGACGUGGGACAGACUCCAGGGCUGACCACCCCCACCCCUCCCCCACCUCCACCCCUGCCACCCGGCUCCACUGUGACCUCUGCGGCUGCUACCCCGGCCGUCACCCCCACCACCCCCGGCGGCCACCCUCCACCCCCGCCACCUCCUCCACUCCCUCCGACACUGACUCCAGGCGGGACGCCACCUCCUCCGCCGGGUCCCCCUCCCCCUCCCGGAGCUCCACCACCACCCCCAGCACCACCUCUUCCCACCGGACUGUUCUCUCCUGCAGAGGACCGCCCUCUCUCAGGCCUGGCUGCUGCCCUCGCUGGAGCCAAGCUGCGCAAAGUGCCAAGGAGUGAUGAUGCAGGGGCAGCUCUGGCAGCAGCCAUGAUGGGGGCCACAGGGGCUAAAUCAGAGGCCAGAGGUAACGGGCCCCUUCCUGGAGGAGGAGGGCUUAUGGAGGAGAUGAGCGCCCUAUUAGCCAGGAGGAGAAGAAUUGCGGAGAAGGGCUCGUCACCUGAACCUGACCAGAGAUCAGAGGAGGGUGAGAUAAAUACGACCCCUAAAGUGUCAGCUUGUAGCACACCAGACAUGCCCAGGAAGCCAUGGGAAAGAACAAACACCAUGAAUGGUAGCAAAUCUCCAGUUAUUGGAAGACGAGAGUCUCCGUGGAGAAAUCCCAUGGGAGCAGAUUCCUCCAACAGACCUAAAUCCACUCCUACACCUACUGCAUCCUUAAGUGCCAAUGGUGUGCCAACAGAAGCUGUUGACUAUGAUAGAUUGAAACAGGACAUUCUUGAUGAGAUGAGGAAGGAGCUGUCAAAACUAAAAGAAGAGCUCAUUGAUGCAAUCCGGGAGGAGCUGGGUAGGUCCAGCACAGCAUAGAGGAAUCGGACUUCCCCGUUCAGAAACACCCACGAGAACCGACACACAACCACGGUCGACUUAAAGACAUGACAAUAUAACAACAGAAAACAACAAAAAACGGUGGCGAUUACGACAAAAAUCAUUUUACCACACAGAGAGGACAUUAUCUGGUGCGGAGCAGUGUCAGACAGGCUGGUGUUGGUAGGAGAUUUGUAGCCUUUGAUAGCUGUGACUCACAGAAUCCAUUCUGCAAAGCCUCGUAUUCCCACUGCCCCAUCUCACAACCCCCUCUCUCCCCUCGCCUUCCUGCUGAGGGCAUCCUGGAGGACAGAGGAGCGAAAGUCUUUAUGCAAAGAUGGCUCCUCUCUGUUUGUCCUCCUAUAAGAAGAAAAUAAAUCAAAUAGUGAACUCUUCUGUGAUACUGUAAUAACCACAAGUUGCUCACUAUCAAAAGUUUUAUCAAGAGUGUGCAGAGAGCCGAAGGAUGGAAACUUAAAAACUUUUCUCCCAUAAUGCCAUAGGGGUAGCGUGUGUUUGCGUAUGAAGGACUGACAGUCUCUGGUGGAGGCUAACACUGCAGGACACUGUAAAGCUCGUCUUCCUCAAAUACUAUUUUAACCUGAACAUAUACAAAAGAGAGAAAAAGUUAGACAAAAAAAAUAAAAUCUCUCCACCAACGUCUGUUUCAGUGUGGAUCUACGGCCAUAUGAGUAGCUCAAUAAUCCAGUCUUUAUACAGGAUGCUCCCUGGCCCGUCUCUUCAUCUGUGAAGUCAUCAUCAGAGGCGUCGUUUCCCUCCCAAAGCGAGCGUUUUUGUCAUUUUUCUGUCGUCGAGCGGCAGGUGGAUGAGACACUGAGGGGUGUAGCUGCCUGUAGCUCUCUACCAAACUUUACCUGUUGAACAGAAGUGCUGAUUCACCUGCCAUGCGCCUCGACCAGACGUAUAGAUAGGUGUUCCCCUUCCCUUGAUUUAACGAGUCUCUAUCAUCCAUCCUUCUCAGUCUGUUGUGGGUUUUUUUUGUUUUAGCAUGUUUGUUUUCUUAGUAUGGCGAAGGUCACAGGUCUGCCACGAAUUUGCAUUACCCGUCACAAGUUUUAAUACAAGCAAUAAGUGUAGCAUCUCUUUUUACAGCCCUGCUCCUAAACACCACCAAACAUUUCAGUGUCUCUUUUUUUUUCUUUUUUUUCUUUUUUUUGUUUUGCGGGGGGCCCCUUCUGGGCCCCUGUUGGAUGUUACUGUGUCACCACCACCUUUCUGUAAAGCUGAAAGCUGAUGUGAUUGAAUAACAGCGCAACACUGUAAGACAUCAUUUCAUGGAAUUCAUUUCUAUAUCACAGCACACUCAGAAUUUUUCUUCUAUAAAUCCUAGGAUACUGUAUCUGUAGCCACAUUGGAGGUGAACUUUAUUAUUAGUUUUGUUUUUUUGUUGGGUUUUUUUGGAGGGGGGAUGUUCUGUUUUCAUUUUAAAACAUUUAUAAAAUUAAACUUUUUUUUUUUCAAAAGGUGCACCGGACAACCCAAAAAUCUAAGAGAUGGUGUCCAUGCAAGGACAUGAAUGUGCCAUUCAUUCUUUCACCAGUGCUUACCGUGUCAUUUUUUUUCUUUGCCUUUUUCUCCUGCUGCUGUCAAAUCCUUAAAAUGACAAACUGUAUUUACCCCUAUCAUGCUAUGAUAUAAGAUAGGAGAACUGUCACUUUCAGCAUGUCUUUAACUUCAGUGCUUAAAGUACAAUCAGUAUAAGAGAGAGAUGUUUGGAGCUGAGAGACUGAUGUCCCAACAAAGCUUCAAGAUACAACACAACAGGUUGAGGCAAUGGAUGAAAGUCUGUGGUAUGGUUCUGUACUCUUGUUGUCUGAAUGAGAUCCUGAAGAGUGGCCAUUUCCAAAACGUAAUAGAGUUUCUUGGCUAGCUAACAGCCACAGUGUGCUCUGCAGGAGCCGAUUGAAGCAUUCAAGAGGGGGUGACGUUUUAACGUGAGCGUCUGUAGUGUAUAUUGCAAGCAUCUCCACAGGUCACUCCUAGGCAGCAAUCCCACACACGUUUCAGGUUUCGUCUCUCUGGACUCCAACUCUCACUUGUGACAUUUUGUGUUGCCCACACGAUCUUGGAUGCAGUGUGUUGCUUGCGAUGUUUCGAUUACAUUCUAAAAACGCCUGAGCAAACAAGCUUGUUCAGCCUGUAAUUUAACAUCAAAUGGAAAAGCUGAUAAUUGCACUGAGUAAUCACUAUUUUACUUAAAAGUUAGUGACAGCUAAUGCUAGCUCCCUUGGGCACCUGUCAACAUUUCCAACAUUCUCACCCGUAUUUCACUUUGAAUAGGGGUAACAUCAAGUGCUCAUCUGGCUUGGUGAUUCUUUGCUAGUUGUGUGCUGUUGAGAGGGCUGCUAAAACUUGUUAGCACCUGCCAGCCAUAUUGUGCACAUGUUUCUGUGCUGCUGGUAGCAAGCAAAAUGAUGUAAAUAUCCCAAAAGAGCAGCAGACCAGUGAAACAUGCUGUUUGGGAUCAAAGUGAAGCAAUUGAUCAUUUCUGUAGAAGUUGGUGACAGGCGGCUAACUUGGAUAACGCUAACUGCUAACUCCAUUAGCCUCAGUGAGGCAGUAUUCGUAUGUGGAGAGGUUGCUUUAGUGCCAGACAGUGGCUGUUCGUGUCCUUUGGGGGCAUAUCUUUGCAGACACUACCGUCAUAUUGACAACAACUAGUCACUCACAAGGCAGGCUAACGCAGCUUAACUAAACUAGCUAUCUGUGUGCAACUUUGCAAAUAUGCAGAUUGCACAAGCAACUCUUUUUUUCAUGACGGUUUCAUUGCCUAGCAGGUGAUGUCAUUAGCUGGCACUUGAAAAAUUAAGUGCGAGUGAAGCCUUAAGUUUCGAUGAACCAGCUACCUGCAUGAUGAAUCUAAAGAGCACACUUCCAACAUUGUAAUGCCAGAUUUGCUUUGUAGUGCAGGCUGAGGUGACCAUGAGGACCUGAUUAUGAAUUCAUGAGGAAGAAUUUUGAAAUUCCUACCAGACCAAAGAAACCAUUACACCAUCGUCAAAAUUCUAAUGGUACGUCUAUAAACUGUGUGUAAAAUAUGUGGCCAUGCCCCCUUUAGAAGAAUCUUUGGGUUAACUGGCUAAUUUGUUGUUGUUGUUGUUGUUAUCACCACAGUUUUUAUACUACUUAACCCAACAGAUGGCUUGAUAAUCAUGUCUUUCAGUGGCUGUUGGCGCCUCUGGUGGAUCUCAUUCUACACAACUGUUUAAGGGCUUUGAUGUUAUAGCUUUGCUACAUAAGAUCAGCCAUCACACAUUGAGAAAUGUAAUUUUCCUCUUCAGUUACAGUCAUCAGUUUGAGAUUGGUUCGAAAAUACUGUGAACACAAUAUGAAAGCAGUUUCAGUUCAUGUGUGGACAUGGUGUGAUCCAUGGAGGAAUGUUUUUUUGGAGACAGUUUAGGUUUAUCCACUUAAAAAAAGGCUGUUUCAUCAACUCAUUCACCAAGAGUGUUUACACAGCAUCGAUUGCACUUUAAGACAAAAAAACCCACACACACAAACAAAGCAAUCCACCGUGACAGCUGUCGCUCAGAGCCUCUGUCACCAACAUUGUGGCUCUCUCGCCAAAGGAUUUUAACCCUGACGGUCUCCUGCUAAACAUUAUCAAUCUCAGAAAAGUCGCCUUUUUAUUUUAGGUUUUAAUGAUUUUGUCAAAAGCAGAAAGAUGUCACAAUGGAAGUGGAAAUGUUUUGAUCAAGAAAAGUUUCUCUUUUGUGGAGCUGUGUAGUUUGUGCCUUGUUCCGAAGUUGCAUUUAAUAUGUCAAAGAUUUAAAGUUGACUAGUAAUAAUAUCUAUGGGACUGUCAUUAUGAUCAUCUGCAGUUUCUUUCUUUGUUCAUCAUGGUCAAGUUGAUUUUAAAGGGAGAGUUUCAAUCACUUUGGUACUGUUCCCUCCAAGAAAACAUCUUUGCACCAAGUGUUUUUCUGUUUGCUUUCAACAUAACUCAUGACUUCUUUCCAUGCAGCUGUGAAGCUGCUUCUCUUACAGCUCAGAAGUACAAUCAAACUUUGAUACACAAGGCCUACGAGGGUUCAAAGAUGAUCUUCAGUGUGUGUGAUUUAGUUUUUUGUAAGCCUGAAGCCCUGUUUGGAAGUCCCAGUGAGUCUGGCUGCAGUGUUCUGUGUUCCCUCAUGCCAUUUUAAAUGUCACAGAAACUCUUUGUGUUCAGCAGCUUAGCUUUCUUUACAUGCUAGGAAAUCUCUGAUUGGAAAAAAAACGUUUUGGUUUUGGCUGUGAGGUCUGCUCAAUGAUGGAAAUACUUUGUAAAUCCAGCUGAGGGAAUGGAAGUUGUGAAUUUGCGGGAAUAAUGGCAGAGAUGACUGGCUGAAGUAAGUUUUGUAGAGGGGUUUCCAGACGUAUUCUUUUAUCAUCUGAAAUGUACCAUACUGUUCUCAUGUCUAGUCUUUUCUUACAUGCUAACAUAUUGUUUUUGUUUGAGCAAAUGAAAUAAAAAUUGCA